AUGUCAAAACCUCGCACUCAACCGCCGCUGUUCUACGAGACUGCAAAGUGUGUAGCUCUUUAUCUGGAUCCUAAUUUGAGAUUCCAUCUUAACCAAAGAUGUCCUUCUUUCCGAGCCAUCCACAGGACGCAAAACAUGAAAAUCGGAAAGCUCCGGAUCAACCAUGCAGACUUCAUAAUGGAUGAGAUCCACUACCGAGUUGGAAUCGUCCGCAAGUACCACUCCGGAACGACACCACAGUCGGUAGCUAUUGAGAAUGAAAGAGGUGGAAUUCAAUAUGAUGUGGAUAGAUACGGUAUUCCUACGAUACCGGAAGGAGCACAGACUAGAGAAGAAAUACCGCAGGAUGAGAUGAUAAGAGCGAGUUUGGAAAGGAAGUUGAUGCAGCUGGAGAGGUAUGAGGCGGGGAGGCAUUCACCGAGAUAUGAAAUAGAACUAGAGAGAAGAAACCUUGAACUGAAUUCGUAUGGUAGGAGAAUAUGGAACCAAGAGCCGCUUUUUGAGCAAUACCUCAAACUCACAGUUAGUUCUGGAAGCAAGCUCUUGAAAGAGGAAUUUUUGAGUUAUAAUCGAAACUUGAAGCAAGCUAACCACUAUCUUUUGAAGAAGAUCCUCGGUGUCGACGGGAAACUUUUAAUUUGGGUUCUCGACUAUCGUGGGGACAGUACUACUUUUACAUCAUCACUUGCUGAUGACCCACAAUUAUAUUAUUGGAAACCGUUUCGGCCAGCAAUCUUAAAGCCACGAAACACCAGAGUAAUAUUCGAUGUACCAAUACGAGUUAUAGGAGGGAGACUGGAAAUCAAAAAGUUGGUUACUAUACAGGUUCUUCCUAUAGUCAUGUCAAUCCUCAAAGAUAUUGCACCCGCGGAUUUCUUUCCGUUGAAAUUAUUGGUAGUCCCUAACAAGUUACAACCCAAUGAUCCGAUUCGAGAUACCGCCGAGUUCUUAAAUGUAAAUGGUGCGUCAAGGAUCAGAGUACUGCUUAAACUACCUAACAUGCGAGUACAUCUUAUAGAGUGUUUAUUGGUAAAAAAGGAUGUAGAGCGGCUUAUGAGGAAAUGGAAGGAGGAGGAUAACAGCAUGGUCGGACGAUGUUAUUCUAUGGGAUUUCAAUAUUACUGGGAUCCAAAGAAGUUAUUGGAUUGCUUCAAAGCUUUUCGAGAAGCAAGGCUGACCGAAAAUCCAGAAUCCGUUUACGUCCCAUUGAGUGACACCACUGAAGUGAAAGUUUGGUGGAAGGAGACCACGGAUGAGGAAUAUUGCUACCGACCGUUUAUUGCAUUUAUCAAAGUUCAGGAAAGAGAUCCAGCUCUAUUUUUUAAGAGAGGUUCUCUAUGA